CGGUGACUGAGGGGCUGGGGCGUGGAGCAGCGGCGGCGGCGGCGGCGGGCGGUACCGGAGCAGCCAUGAGGGCCGGGCCCAGUCACCGACAUGUGAGCCCCAUGUUGUGUUGAUGCUGGUGUGCCAUGCUAGCCUGUCUACCAGGGCCAGGUGACCUGUCCUUUCAGCUUCUUUCUCACACGCAGAUGAACACUGGACUUCAGAAAUGGGACACUACACAGAAAAUGAGAACUGCUCACUAUCCUACCCCAGCCGAAUUGGACGCGUAUGCUAAGAAGGUCGCAAACAACCCACUGACUAUAAAAAUCUUCCCCAACAGUGUGAAGGUUCCCCAGAGGAAACACGUUCGUCGUACUGUGAACGGCCUCGACACAUCAGCCCAGCGCUACAGCCCCUACCCGACUCAGGCUGCCACCAAGGCAGGCCUGCUUGCUAUUGUCAAAGUGCCAGCCAAAAGUAUACUCAAGGACUUUGACGGCACCCGAGCCCGGUUACUCCCUGAGGCCAUCAUGAACCCACCAGUGGCACCCUAUGCUACUGUGGCACCCAGCACUUUAGCCCACCCCCAGGCCCAGGCUCUGGCCCGCCAGCAGGCCCUGCAGCAUGCACAGACCCUGGCCCAUGCCCCUCCCCAGACGCUGCAGCACCCUCAGGGUAUCCCGCCACCACAGGCACUGUCUCACCCUCAGAGCCUCCAGCAGCCUCAGGGCCUGGGCCACCCUCAGCCCAUGGCUCAAACCCAGGGCUUAGUCCACCCACAGGCCCUGGCUCACCAAGGUCUCCAGCACCCCUCCAAUCCAUUGCUUCAUGGAGGCCGGAAGAUGCCAGACUCAGAUGCUCCCCCGAAUGUGACCGUGUCUACCUCAACUAUUCCCCUUUCAAUGGCGGCCACCCUGCAGCACAGCCAGCCCCCGGACCUGAGCAGCAUUGUACACCAGAUCAACCAGUUUUGCCAGACGAGGGCAGGCAUCAGCACUACCUCAGUGUGUGAGGGCCAGAUCGCCAACCCCAGCCCUAUUAGUCGCAGUCUGCUCAUCAAUGCAAGUACCCGGGUGUCGACCCACAGCAUCCCCACACCAAUGCCUUCAUGUGUGGUCAAUCCCAUGGAGCACACCCAUGCAGCCACAGCCGCGUUGCCUGCCACAGGUCCUGUCAACCUUCCUGCGGGCAUCUCUCGAGCCCCCACUGGCUACCCUAGCGAUCUCAAGCCAGUCACCUGGAACCAGCAUCAGCUGGCCCACCUACAACAUAUGUGCACCGAGGCUGGUGGAACACCAGCCCCUGGCCUGACAGGCAAGCAUGCAGCAGGACGUGAGUUGGCAGGGACUGGCUUUGUGGGCAAGGCCCCUACCUACCCGCAGGAACUCUGCCUGGCACAGUCCUUCCAUCUGAAGCCAACUCUGGAGAAGCCAACCCCAUCUCCACCAGUCAAUGGCCUGGCAGCCCCACUGGCCUACCCCAAUGGUCACUACUUCCAACCCCUGUGGAACAACAUUCUUCCCACUCCCAAUAGCGACAGCUCGGGGUCUCAGGACCUCGCCAUGCCAUUUCAUGGUGGGCAGCCCACAGGUGCACCCCUCGACUGUGCAGCAGCUCCUGGGGCUCAUUACCGAGCAGGGACUGGGGGUGGUCCAGUGGCAAGCCAGAACAGCUUGAUGCAAACGGUGGAUUACCUGAGUGGGGAUUUCCAACAGGCCUGCUUUCGAGAACAGAGCCUGGCUAUGCUGAGCAAGGCCCACCGAGCCCCUUCCACCCGUGCUCCUGAUCCCACAGAUAGUCGAAGUCUUCAUAUUCAGCACCCAGGGUAUAGAUAGGGAGCCAUGGUACCCUCCUCAGGCUACACUUCAUACAUCACCCUCCAAGGUUUAGUCUUACUUUUAAGUAACUGGGUAGUUUAAAAGUUUUGCUUCUCCAAUGUGAUCAUUCUUAGAUGACUAAAGAAGGGCAUUUGGCAGGGAGUAGAAGGGAUCCUCUUCCUCUUAUCCCCUCAAGAAAAUUUUUUGUUUUAUGUUAGAACCUAACCCUAGCCCCAGGCUUUUCUCUCCACUGCCUGCCUAUUAGGCUUUCCACCUUGGCUAUGUUUUUCCAGCCCUCUCUUAUCUUUCCCUGAACCUUUGCCUGUUUCUCUUAGGACUGUGUGACUAAGGCCCCUAAAGCAGGCCUCUUCCUGUCUCUCUCUAUGGGACUAAGAACUACCAGACUUUCAAAGUGCUCUGGAAGCUAAUUCCUUAUUCACCCAAAGACAAAUCAAAACUCACCCAAUGUUCAUCUCCCAGCUCUUUUCCAUUUUUCAAGGCUUUGUUUUACAUUUAUUCUGCUUCCUGGGCAGAACUUACCCUUGCCACACACUCCACCUCAAGGGCAUCUUGCAGGUAUUUGGCCAUACCCUUGAGACAUGGAGAAAAACUGCCUUUGUAUUGGCCGCUUGGUUCCCAAGUUCCCUUCUAGACCUAGAGAAAUGUAGUGGCCAUCUGGCAUAACCAGGAUCCCCUACUCAUGGUUGCCUCUCCCUGCUUAACUGCUGUCCUCAACCCUACCUCCUGCCCCCUCAAAAAAAAAAAAAAGAAAAGAAAAAAAAAAGAAAAAGGCAAAAGAGACAAAAAAAAAAAAUCACACACAUACAAAAAAACCCACAAAACCUUACCUUACUGAAGGAAUCAGAUAGGUAAGGGAUGAUCACAUUGGAGUUUGGAACUAAAAACACCAAAAAAAAAAAAAAAAAAAAAGGAGGGGGAAAAGUUAAAAUGCAUUUGGUUCUCUCUACACUGGCUAAGAAUAUUGCUGUACACUGUAAGUUUUAAAUGUCAUGUUUCUGUAUGAACGUAGUGUGGGUUUGAGUAGCAUUGUGUAUGAGUGGCCCCACAGGUACAUUCCCUUAGUCACCUCCUUUUGCAGCCCCUAAAUUAAUGAAGAAAGGAGAAAAAAACACAAAGCCUUAAGCUCUUUAAUUCUUCCUCUACCAAAUGAGCAUGAUUCUGACCACUGGAGAGGAGUCUACAUUGGAAAUAGCCUCUUUCCCUUUCACUCACUUUUAAAACCAUCCUCCACCCACUCCAUGCCCAACGCGUCUCAUUCCCAAGUGACAGUUGGCUAGAAAUCCACUUUUGUGUAACUUUAAACUUAGAUUAUGUUUUGUUGUAAAAUUUUUGCACCUGUAUUCUGUUAAAGAUACCUAGUUGGGCUCAGUUUGCUUUUCCCCUCAUUCCCCUCCCCCCUUAAACCAAAUAAGCCCUUAAACCUUUCCUCUUGUCUCUGGGGAAUGUGAGUUGAUAUUUUUUAAGAUUCUGGGUUCUGUUUACUAUCCACUGUUCCUUAGCCAGAAAUUCUCUAGUGAUCUGAAGCAAUGUGACUGAAGACCAGUUUUUAAAUUAUGUGUGGGCAAGUUGCCUUAUAUUUAAAAAAGAAAAAAAAAAGCCUGAUUGUGUUAUGCCAAAUGAUAGCAACAUGAAGUCCUAAUUUAUUGUUCCUGAUUGUUUUCCUGCCGUCUGUGAACACUGGUACCUCCCUGUCCCUGAGCCCUUGCAACUUUUGGUGUGCUGUCUCCUCCCAAGGUGUUGGUUAUCCUCUUACCUGACCUUUCCAGCUCCCACUUAACUAUGUUCCCUACUUCUUGCUUGAUCUCUAUAAUCAAAUAUUCUUACUGUAAUUUUCCCAGUGCCGAAAGGGGAGCUGCCACUGUAGGAAACUGGACAAGACACCAACUUAGGGGCUUUCAAACAACCUCAAAACCACCUCUUCCUAUGUAGGGGUGCAAGUCUCUGAAGCUCUCACUCCCACCUCUAGUCUGCAUGGAUAAUGUACUGUGAUUUCCCCACCCUACAAUUAACUGCCCUCUCCUUCAGUGUGAGAUGUUUCCUAGUUAAACCUGAGCCCCUCUGCCAGCCAACCCCCAACCAGCAAUAAGGGUCCAAACUUGGACCUCCUGUCCACUUACUCCCUGCCUCCAUCCCAUGCUACUCCUAGGGAAUACCUUGGAUUCUCCACUCUAUCCACAUACUGUAGCAUUCAUUCUCCAUCUCUCACCUCACCUGUGGUGGUUUAUGGGUGUGAUGGGGUUUUUAAGAUUAUUAUAAACCAGUAAAAAGAAAAAACUCACCUUUGAUCUUG